CUGCCACUAAAAUGUUCGAGAUCGAAUAUAUCCAGGGUUCAGGCCGUGCGCAAACUUCUACGUUUUAAGGAGUCGCCCAUCUCUAUCAGUCGCAAUUGUCACGUCGUUGAUGUCAGCAAAACAAGUGUUGUUUAUAUUCAGGUAUUUGGAGAACGUCAGGACGAUCUCACAAAGCUUUCGAAGCCUUUGGAAAUCACCUGCUUUCGGACGUCGAUUUGGGAUGAAACGCUAUACAAGGCGUGGUCGAGCAUUGUUUAUAAACUGGUUCCCAACGUUCAACAGUUGGAAGCAAGCCUAGAAAAAUUCGGUGCCAUCAUAGACGCGGACGAAGUUCUGCUAUUUGAAAAGGCUACGUUCCUUGUGAUUUCGCAUUGCCAACGUAAAGCGCACAAAGACGUGCAUCGGUUCGAAAAGCUAAGCAACUUCAUCAAGCAGUUUAAACUUAGCUGCAGCAAACUCGGAACUCACUUCUCCAGUAUGGAGAUUCUGAACUCCAAUUUUGCGGCGUAUAUCGACGACUUCACGGCAAACACAUAUGUGUUGGUGGUGCUCUCGGACUCCUCAGUUUGUAUGUGA